UUAAAAAUUAGCCGAAGUGCUUUUAACAUUAAUUUUUGUAAAAAACAAUUAAUCAUAAAAUAAGUUUCAAUUAUUUUAAGAGUAGAUUGAGUACCAAAGUUCCAAAGAUCCAUCUUCCAUGUUAGUUUCACAUUAAGUUCAUAACGGUCAAUCUUUUCUUUAUGUAACCACCUACUUAGAACCAACGUGAAGAGAAACAACAACCAUUAAUGAAAAUACUUGAAUAGUCUACUUAACCCAAAAAUUUAAACCGAAACUUGUACUUAUAAAAACACCUCCAAAUUCCCCCAAAGGACAUUUUUGGCACUCCACCCUCUAAAUCUCCGAUCCUUACCACAUCACAUAAAUUCCCUCCUCCAAAAAACCCCCACUUUUAUUCAAUCCAAAACCAAAAUUCCCAAAAAAAACUCAAUUUUCCCUUCAUUUUAUUUUCUUCAUUCUUCAAUGGAGAAAACUCAAACUCAAACAAAAUCUCUAUUUCGCCUCCUAUUCUUCACCAUUUUCCUCCACAAUAUCCACCCAAUAACCACCCUAACUCCGGCCAUUUCCCCCUCAAAACCACCCACCUCCGCCCCAUCAACCACCGCACCCUCAAAACUUGACCCAAAACAGCUUAGAGCGCUUCAAUCCCUCAACAUCCCCACCACCAAAGACCCUUGCUCCAACCCUCCUUCCCUACACAAUGCCAUCCGUUGCGACACCGCUAAGCCUUUCCGCCACUUACUCUCCCUUCACUUAAUCAAUUGUUCCGAUGACGUAUCCCUGUCAAUUACCGCCCUCAAAUUACUCUCUACCUUGCAAGAUCUCCAGUUCAUCGACUGUCCCGUUGCUCCGGUCGCAUUCCCACUUGAACUCGUCUCGAACAUAAAAACAUUCACAUGUAUAAACAGUCUGAAGAAACUCUCAGGAGUCUGGCUUAGUAAGCUGGAGAAUGUUACAGAUCUUACUGUCAUUGAUGUUCCAAUCAAAGCGAGUGGUCCAGUAAUUGUGGUAGCUCAUCUUAAUAAGGCGAACAAAGUGGUAAUGUCUCGUACCAAUCUCACUGGUGGUUUGCCAGGCAAAUCAUGGAAUGCGAAUGUUUCGCACAUCGAUUUAUCCGGUAAUCAUUUGAAGGGUAAGAUCCCCAUUUCAAUGACUGAACUUGAGAACUUGGUACAUCUCAAUUUAUCCUCGAAUCAGCUCACUGGGGAGUUACCCUCUACUAUGGGUGACCUCAUUGAGCUGCGAAACCUCUCAGUUUCGUCGAAUUCUUUAUCUGGGCCGAUUCCGGAAUCCCUGAAAUCAAUUCCAUCUUUAAUUUCCCUUGAUCUGAGCUCUAAUCAGUUCAAUGGGAGUAUCCCUAGUUUUCUGGGUAAAAUGAAGGGUUUGAAGCAUUUGAAUCUAGAGAAGAAUAAUUUUCAAGGGGUUUUACCCUUCAAUGAGUCAUUUAUCAAGAAAUUAGAGGUUUUCAAGAUUGGGGACAAUACCAAUUUGUGCUAUAAUCGUACCACAUUAUCAUCGAAACUGAAACUUGGCAUUGCUCCUUGUGAUAAGAAUGGAUUCCCGUUGUCGCCUCCGGCGCAAUCGCCUUCAAGCGACGACGAAGGCGAUGAGGAUGAUAGCUCUUCGGAGGAUUCUACUAGUGACAAAAGUGGUGGACAUCAUGGUCCUAAUAAGGUUGUUCUUGGUGUUGCUAUUGCUCUUUCUUCUAUUGUUUUCUUGAUUAUUUUCCUAAUUCUAUUAUCAAGGAGGUGUGCAUGAUUAUUUUAGAGAUUAAUUUUUUUUUUUUUUUAGGUUUGUUAUUAUUAUUAGAUUAGAUUGGAUUAUUGAAAAUUGUCAAAUUGAACAAAGAAAAAAGAAGUCUAUUUUUUUUUUAGCUCUAUACAUUGCCAAUUAGCAAAAGGGAAAAUUGGCAAAUUGGAGUAGGAGAAGGGUAUUUUUUCCAUUAUUUUUUUUCAAUAUUGGUGUGAUUAUUUUUGUUAUUUUGUUGUAUCUCUUAAAAUAUUAUUAUUAUUAUGAUAUAUUGAUAUGCCAGCAAAGAAUUGGCAGUCAAUCUUGAUUAUAUGUACUGGAUGUUUUGAUUAUGGCUGCAUAAUUAUUAAUGCAUGUUAUAGGAUGAAGCAAAAAAAAAAAUUAAGUAUAUACUUGUAUUUAUGGUUGUUGCCUAGCUGGAUUGAUCCAAAAUCACAGGGACCGUAAUUAUUACUUUUAAUUUUAUUGGUUAAUGUGGAUUAUACAA